CGGGCCGGGCCGGGCCCCGCCACCCCCAUGGGCCCGUCCCGGGAGAGGCCAAUCGUGCUGGUGCUGCUGAGCCUCGCUCUGUGCCCUCCGUGCCGCGGACGAGUUGUGAACAUUUCCAUGACGAGCCUCGUUCGAGUGGUGGGCACCGAGGCGGUCAUCCCCUGCCGCGUAAGUGACUACGAGGGCCCCAGAGAGCAGAACUUCGACUGGACCUUCUCUCCCUCGGAGGGCUCUUCCUUCGAGCCCGUCGUGAGCACCUGGGAGCCGGCUUUCACGGCCCCGCUGUUCGAGCCCCGCGUGGCCAGCGGGGAGAUCCAGCUGAGGCGGACGGGCCACGACGGGGUGGAGCUUCUGAUCCGGCCCGUCGGGCCUGCCGACCAAGGGCGCUACAAGUGUUCAACCCCCAGCACCGACGCCACCGUCCAGGGCAACUAUGAGGAUGUGGUCCACGUCAGAGUGCUCACGGACGAGCUGCAUGUGGGCGCAGGAGGCCAGGAGUCUGCAUCUUUGCGCGUGGCCCAAGGGGACCCGUUGGAGCUGCAGUGCUCCGCCUCCACGGCCACCGCGGAGCACACUCACCUAGCUGUGCGCUGGGAGGUCUGGCGGGGCCCGGAGCGGCACACCGUCCUCUCUCUGACACACAUGGGCCGCCUCCGCCCCGGCCCCGAGUUUGAGCAACGCUACCGAAGCGGAGACGUGCGCCUGGACACGGCCGGCGAGGACAGUUUCCGCCUGUCUGUGGCCCGGGCCCAGCUGGGGGACCAGGGCGCCUACAGAUGUGUGGUCAGCGAGUGGGUCAGUGAGGCCGGGAGCUGGCAAGAGAUCCAAGAGAAGAGCGUGGAUGUGGCGAACGUGACGGUCCACCUGACCGCUCUCAGCGUUACCCUCCGCAGCCAGAACGUGUCUGUGGCAGAAGGCAGCGACCUGGCUCUUAACUGUACGGUGACGGCGGCAGCCCGGAGCGACGUGAUCCGAACCGCAGUGACGUGGUAUUUCAGCGGGGGCCCGGACCCCACUCUGCCACCUCACGCCCGGGUCCUGGCCAGUUUAGACCACCGGUCUGUGCUGAGAGCCUUGCCCAGAGUGGGCCUGAGCCACGUGGCCCCGGGCUCCUAUCGCUUGCUCGUCCGGGAUGCUGGCCCGGACGGCACCGGCUACUACUUCUGCCGGGCGGCCCUGUGGGCCCCGGGCCCCGACGGGAGCUGGAAUCAGGUAGCCGAAGGGACGUCUGCUCCGGCCCGGGUUCAGGUGACGACACCGGAGCCAGAGUUCCGGGCCCUGCUGAAUGUCUCUGAGAUGCCGACCCUCCCGGAGGCGCCCGUGGAGCUGGAGUGCCGCGUCGUGGGCCCGCCGUCACCGGACACCAGGUUGCGCUUCGCCGUGUCGUGGUUCCGCCGCCAGCCUCUGCGCAGCGACGACAUGGCUCCCGACGAGCUCCUCGCUUCCAUGGACCAGGACGGGCUACUGCAGGCCGGGGCCCAGAGCCGGGUGCGGACCCAGCGCGGGGAGAUGAUCUUCUCCCGAGGAGCCGUGGACAGAUUUCACUUCCGGCUGCAGGGGGCCACUGAAGGGGAUCAGGGGGUUUACUUCUGUGCCGUGUCUGCGUGGACCAGGCAGCAGAAUCACAGCUGGGUGAAGAGCCGGGAGGUGCUGUCGGAUCCAGUCACUGUCUUCUGGGCCCCAUCGGUUUCAGAUGCGGAGCUGACAGUCGAGGCCCGGCAGUCCCAGGUCCCGCCGGCCACGGGGAGCUUAUUCGAGAUGACGUGCGAGGUCACCUCCCAGCCCGCGCCCGCAGCCAGACUCUCCGUCCUGGUCACGGCCGAGAGGCCCGCCGCGGCUCCGGCCGCUCCCCACGGCCCCAACGGCACUGUGGCUGUGGUCUCCCUGAGCCGGGACUCGGUGGUAAGGCUGGAGGACCAGGCCGACCGGACCCGGGUGGGUGCCGUGGUGCUGGAGAAGGUGCGGGAGCGCGAGUUCCGCUACCGCAUGUACCGGGCGCAGCUGACCGACACGGGCCUCUACCGCUGCGCUGUGACCGCCUGGCUCCCGGCGGCCGGUGGCCAGUGGAGAGAAGCCGCCACCGGCCUGUCCAAUCCCAUCCUGCUAGACUUGCAGACGUCAGGACCUGUGUUCAAUGUCUCGGUGCACUCGGACAGGCCCACGGUGUACCGUGGUGACCUGGUCAGCCUGUUCUGCAUUGUUUCGGUGGACGGAGGAGCCCCUGACCCAGAGGACCUGACCUUUGACGUGGCAUGGUUCACGGUGCCCUCGUUCGGCCCGGGCGGAGCCCCCAUCCACCUGGCGUCGCUGGACAGGAGCGGGGUCGUGGACAAGGCCCGGCGCCCCUGGAAGAGCGACGUCAGCCUGGAGCGCACCAGCGCCAUGGAAUUCCUGCUCCAGCUCCACGGCGCCGAAGACCGGGACCUGGGCGACUACUACUGCUCCGUGACGCCUUGGGUGAGGUCGGCCACGGGGGUCUGGCAGAGGGAGCCGGAGGUCCAGGCCAAGCCCCUGUUGGUAGCCGUCAGGAUGGACGUGCUGGAAGCUUUCAAGUAUCCCAUGCUGAUCGGUGUGGGCCUGGCCUCCGGCGUGGGCCUCUUGUCCUGCCUCAUCGGCUACUGCAGCUCACACUGGUGCUGCCGGAAGGAGGUGCAGGAGACGCGCCGGGAGCGACGCAGACUCAUGUCCAUGGAGAUGGACUGAGGCCCCCGGUGGCGGCCGGGCAGCCGGGGGCCCUGCGACGUACCUGGACGGGGCCGCCACCCCUCGGCCGCCUCGACUCCGGUGGGCCACCCGCGCUGUUGGCUCUGCCUUCUUGGCCCCGAGAGCUCGGACGCCCGGCUCCACCGACGCGGCCUCCAGGAUCGCCCUGGGCACGGUGACCCUGUCGUGUCGCCCGCCACCCGACUCGAGGCCCGGGGCGUCGGGCAGGAGAAGAGAUGGGAAAGGGCUAGACUCCAGCCACGCUCAACAUCUCCCUCUGCCCUUCCUGCUGGUCAGGGGCUGGGGAGGAGUUGGGGGGCCGGGGUGGCUGCCCGAGGGCUGGCCUCACCCAGCCCUAGACCCCUGGACCCCGAUCCCAAAGGGGGCAGAGUCUUUCCCUCCUGCCCUCACGGUCAGGGUGGCACCACGAGCCCCAGACUGUGUGUGCACUUGUGUUCUGUGGAGAAGACUGGGCGUCUUCCCAACCCUGCCUUCCGCACCCUAUGGGUGUGGUCAGCAAUGGUCCGGGGCUCGGGUGGGUCAGUGCUUUCACAUCAGCCCAUUUCUGUCCUCCCGAUGUCCCUGUGAGGUAGGGACAGGCAGGAAUUAUUUACCUCACUUUGCCCUUGGGGAAACUGAGGCUCACUGAGGUUCGGUGACUUGCCCAAAGUCACCCAGAAGGCCCAUGGCAGAGAUGAGCCUCGAACCCCAGUCCUCCGCCUCCCAGGCCCACGCUCUUUCUGCCACACCAGGCUGGGCCCGGAGAGGAGGCCGGCUUCUGUUGCAUGCUGGUUGUUUCCCCAGGAGUGACCACGAGGCCCAGACCACUUCUGCCCUCUGCCCUCUGGCCACCUCUGCUCUCCUGCUGGGGUAGGAAGCGGCCCAUGGCGGGGACGAACGUCUUCCAGGUCCAACUGUUUGCUGGUUUUUAAAGAAACUCACCCAAGCAACUGCUGCUUCUCAGGGUCUCAGCCCCUGGGCUGGCACUCCUGCCUCCCAGCGUCCCCUUUCUUUCGAGCAAUAAGAUGCGUUGGAGAGGAGAAUCGGGUGUGACCCCAGGAGCUGUUCUGGGGAGGGGGGCUGCCCUGCCUCCUCUCCUUCUUGGUCACUCCUGGUUUCCAGCCGUCCCGCUGUCCAUCGGUCACCCCCCUCCCGCCUCACUCCCAACUCCUCCGGAUCACUGAUCUUUCCCUGGGCCACCCUUCACGUUCCUCUGAGGAUCCCAAGUUCCUUUUCCUUCCCUGUCACUCACAAGGGCCCGGUUGUGCUCCCAAGACCGGAACCAGGUCUGACCCACAUGUCUGUGGUUUCCCAGUGCUGGAGUUGCUAUGAUGUUGAUGUUUAAGCGUCUACUGUGUGCAAAGCACUGUAUUAAGUGCUGGGCAAAAGACAGGGGUGAUGGUUAGACACGGUUCCUGGACCCCGUCCCCGGUGUUCCCGGACUAAGAUAAAAGGUGGGGCGACAGACACCUAAGAUGAAAACAAAAGAAACACAGAGACACAGAUCAGAGUCUAUCAGGUUGCGAGGGCAGGGGCUCAGGGAGGGUCCUCCAUGCCCUGUCACCCCAUCCCUAAGUACUACCCACCCCCAGUCAGGGUCAUGGCCUUCCUGACCUUAUAAAGCUUGGCAAUAGAAUUGGGUCACAGUUCCCCCUGACAGAUGGGCACAGGGCACCGCGGGGGCAGCAAAGAUUGGAAAUUCCAUGUUGGGAGCUGCAGUGCCCCAAGCGCCGGUCCCGGCCACCCACGGCCCCCCGCGGACUCCGCGUCAUCCGGGGCUGGGGGGUGGUCCUGUCCUGGCUGCGGGAAGGGGUCUGAGCAGAGGGCUGGCUGCCGCCCCGAAGGCAGAGCUGCGAGAGCAGCCACGCGGGUGGGUGCCAACACUUGGCAGUGCCCUCAGAGCCUAUAUGCCAGCGAGCAGCACUGGGAAAGAAUAGCACGGGGCCUCCAUCCUCCAGGUCUCCACUUCUAGCCCACUUGGCACUCGGCGGGGAUGGUGCUGAGGUCACGGCCUGGUGCUAUUCUGACCCUGAAAAGGUCAGAGCUCGGUGGAGCCGCAGGCCUGACCUCAAACCUGCACCCUGGAAUCAGCUUCCUCUGGGGAAACUUUUGCAUCCGGCUGCUUGCUUUAAACAGAGGCUUCCGGUGAUUUGAUUUUGAGCCUCACCGUGGCCCUCUGCCUGCUGCCCUUUACCCGCUGGCCACUGCCCCUCCCCCUGCCCACCACCCCUUCCUUCCCCCAUCCACUGCCCCUGAUCCCAGGGUAUGUGACGGCCUCCUCAGAGGUCUCUUUUUUAGGUUUAAAGGUUCAGAACUGUCUUUGGCCCAUUUUAACGUUUUGACCAUUCUGUUUGUAAGGUGUAUUUUCAAGGCUCUUGGUUUUCUAGUGACUUUGACUUUUUAAAAACUUGUAAAUCCGCUUCGGGAUGGGGCGAGUGGUGGGAGCCCGGGAGUCCAUUGGCCGGUCAUUACAUCGCAAUUCUGGUCUCCGCGGGAGA